CCUCUCAAAUCACAAAUUUUACAUCAAAAAAACAUGGAGUUACUGUUAGUAUUCCCUGGAUGUUGGCACUUUGCAUUUGUUCACUUAGUAUAGGAUCACUUCCACAAAUCAUUUUCAUGUAUGUUCGUUAUACAUAAUACAUGUUUUCCUUCAUGGGUUUUCCUUACCUUCCUUGAAGCAUUCAACAUAUAUCUCAUUUGAUUAGUUUUGUUUAUCAAUCUGAAACUUCAAUAUCUGUUUUCACCUGUUUCUCCUUCAUAAACUCUGCAAAACUUGCUCUUUGUUUUUGGUUAGCACUGUGGAACUUGCUCAAGGAUUCAACUUUGACUAAUUUAAAGCUAUUGGUCCAUGAAGCAUUGACAAGAAAGAGAGUUCAAUGGGGUGGUGUUGCUUGUUUUUGCUUUUCUGUUUUACAUGGAGUUUCUUUGUUCUUGGUACUUAUCCAUUACAGUCUUCUCAAACCCAAGUACUUCAGCAGCUUAGAAAGCACUUGGAGUACCCAAAUCAAUUGGAGAUUUGGAAUAAUCGUAGCAUAGAUUUUUGCUAUUUAUCUUCAUUUCCACAAGUAAAUAUCACAUGCCAAGACAACUUUGUCACAGAACUCAGAAUUGUAGGUGACAAGACUGCCAAAGUUAGUGACUUUCAUGGGUUUGCAAUUCCAAAACAAACUUUAUCAGAAAACUUCUCUUUGGAUUCUUUUGUGGCCACCCUGGCAAGGCUAACCAAUUUGAGAGUUCUUAGUUUGGUAUCUUUGGGCAUUUGGGGUCCACUUCCAGACAAAAUUCAUAGACUUUCUUCACUUGAAUAUCUGGAUUUGAGUUCAAAUUUUCUUUUUGGUUCAGUUCCUCCUAAGAUAUCUACAAUGGUGAAGCUUCAAACUCUUAAACUAGAUGACAACUUUUUUAAUGAUACUGUCCCCAAUUGGUUUGAUUCAUUGUCCAAUCUGACAAUUCUAAGCUUGAGGAACAACCAGUUGAAAGGUCAAUUUCCAUCUUCAAUUCUAAGUAUCACCACUCUCACUGAUCUUAUUAUGUCUAGCAAUGGCAUGUCUGGGAAAUUACCACAUCUUAGUAGCUUAACUAGCUUACAUGUGUUGGAUUUGAGUGCCAACAAGUUAGAUUCUGUGCUACCAAAAAUGCCUAAAGGAGUGGUCAUGGUUAUCCUUAGCAACAACUCCUUCUUUGGUGAGAUUCCUCCGCAAUAUGGCCAAUUAAGUCAGCUUCAACACCUUGACUUGUCAUUCAAUGUACUUAGAGGCAAACCUCCUCAUGCAGUUUUCUCUUUGCCUACUAUCAAUUUCUUGGAUAUAGCAUCAAACAUGUUAAGUGGGUCACUUCCGGACCAUCUAAGCUGUGGAAGCAAACUUGAGUUCAUUGAUAUAUCUAAUAAUAAGUUAAUGGGGGGAUUGCCUUCUUGUUUUAGCACUAAUUCAGACAAGAGAAUUGUUGAGGUUGAUGGGAAUUGCUUAUCCUUUAAUACAAGGCAUCAGCAUGUUGAAUCAUACUGUAUGGAAGUCUACAUGAAGAAACAAUCCAAAGGCAAAAAUAUAGGAAUUUUAGCGGGCUUAAUUAUAGGAGUCUUCAUACUUAUGAUGCUUCUGGCUUAUGGAUUUCUCAUUUUGUGGAGAAUAUAUUGCCCUAGAGGGAUAUCAGAACAACAUUUAUUGCAUAAAACAGUGCAAGAUAGCUCUGCAGCUGGGUUCUCCUCUGAGCUUCUAGCAAGUGCAAGAUUUCUUUCUGAAGCUGCAAAGUUCGGCACGUCAAGUCUUCCAGUGUGUCGGUCUUAUACUUUCGAAGAGUUAAAAGAAGCUACAAACAACUUUGAUAAUUCUGCCUUUAUGGGAGAAGGCUCAUAUGGAAAGCUUUACAAAGGAAGAUUAGAGAAUGGGGCCCUAGUUGCUAUUAGGUGUAUGCCUUUGUCAAAGAAAUAUUCAAUUCGAAAUCUUAAACUCAGGUUGGACCUGCUUGCAAAGCUUCGUCACCCACAUUUGGUAUGCCUUUUGGGGCAUUGUGUUGAUGUUGGUGGAAGAGAUGAUUUCAGCACGAAUAAAAUCUUUCUUAUAUCUGAAUAUCUUCCCAGUGGGAGCUUUUGUACUCAUCUUGCAGAGAAUAGCCAUGGAAAGGUUUUCAAUUGGUCAGAAAGAUUGGCAAUUCUAAUCAGUAUUGCCAAGGCUGUGCAUUUCCUCCAUACUGGAAUUAUUCCUGGCUUCUUCCACAAUCGACUGAAGACAAAUAAUAUCCUGCUCAAUGAGCAUGGGAUGGCAAAGUUGAGUGACUAUGGAUUGUCCAUUAUCUCAGAAGAAACUGACAAAUGUGGGGCAAAAGUAGAAGGCUAUAAAUCAUGGCAAAUGAAAAACUUAGAGGAUGAUGUUUGUUGCUUUGGAUUCAUAUUACUUGAGGCACUUGUUGGACCUUCAGUAUGUGCUAGAAGAGACGCACUCUUGCUAAAUGAAAUAGCUUCUAUUAACUCCCUGGAUGGCCAGAAACGAAUAAUUGACCCAAUUGUGCAAGCCACUUGCUCACAAGAAUCUUUAUCAAUUGUGCUUUCCAUAAUGAGCAAAUGUAUUUCUCUCGAGUCAUGUAGCCGUCCCUCUAUUGAGGAUGUACUUUGGAACUUACAGUAUGCAGCUCAAAUCCAGGGAACUGUUAGUGGUGAUCAUAGAUUUGACGCUGCAUCGCCUCAAUGAUUUAAUGAUUUUUCCCUCCCUCUCUCUCUGCAUGGAGCUGCUCCUCCAUUUCAUUGCUGAUGUAGAAAGAUGUAGCCAACUUCUGAGGCUAUGUAAACACAAAAGUGUGCCUCAAUCUGGGCAGAGCUCAUAGUAAUUGUUUGCAUUUAACUGUAAUUGUAAUAUGAUUGACAGAAUUAGUUUCUAUGCUAGUUUAAUGGUUUUCAGCAACUAGGGAAUUACUAGUUCCAAAUGAAAGGUAAGAGCUAUUUUCCUUGACAAACUUGUACAUGAAUUACAAUAUUUGUCUAUUAGAAUUGAAAUAGUUUUAUGAGCAAAGUCACAA